GUUUGGCUCGCGAGACGCCUUCUGAUCUGCCUCUCCCUCCUCCUCGGGACCCUUUCCGCGCCCGGGUCCACGGCCGUGGCCAUGGGCGGCAUCGGCCAGCUCCGUUCCCGCGGCACGGCGAUCGGCGUGUCCCGGCCGCAGCCGGACGUCAACUUCACCAUCGGCGUCGUCGGCGCCGUCUGGUGCAAGAACUGCCGCUACGCCGGCUACCUCCCGUCCAAGAACGUCGCGCCUCUCCCCAAUGCGGCGGCGCUGCUGCGGUGCCGGCGAGGGAGGCAGGCCAUGUCGGCGUGGGGCACGACGGACGCGCGGGGCUACUUCAUGAUCCAGACGGCGGAGCAGGCGGUGCCGUUCGCGAGCACGGACUGCGCGGUGUACGUGCCGCGCUCGCCGCGGCGGGGCGCGUGCGGCGUCGCCGUCCUGCCCCGCCGGAUCAAGGGCUCGCCGCUCAGGUUCCGGGAGUACGUGACGCGCCCCGACGGCCUGCAGGCGAUCUACACCGCCGGCAACUUCGUGUUCGGCCCGCGAGACCCCGCCAAGUGUGGUCUCCAAUAAUAUAAUGAAUCAGCGGUUUGGCCUCUUGAACUGGAUGAAUACGACACCAUGGUUACCUAGUACGGGAAGAUGCUCGAUGUGAUAUGCAGUAUACGUAACAGUUUCUGUGUACGUAUGUCUGAUUCAAAGCAAACACUCAGAAUCCUGCUGCGGUAGGCCUUCCAGAACACUGAGUGGUCUAAAUAUUUCGAUUGAGUAGUGAUUAAUUAGGCCCUGUUCGGAGAACCUCCGCUCCACAGCUCCACUCUCGAAGUUGGUGGAGUUGCAGUUGAAAACUGCGGAGCAGCUAUUUCCUGACUCCACAGCUCAAUUUUAUGGAGUUGGUGGAAUUCUGAAUAGGCCUUUAAUGUAGAAAGUGCACACAUAGUCUACUCCCCCUUGGUUAUCCAGAUGUUCAUUAUUUAAGUAUGUUGAGAUGUCGCUCUGUUGAUUAGGAUAGCAUGAAGCUAUUUAGCUCACCCGGGUUCGAGUCAUGGAGUGACCCAUGGUGCUUAGAG